CUUCCUCUGAAAUAGAUUGUCAUUGUUAGGAUUUAUUUGAAAGCUGAGAAGAGCAUGAGUUCAGUUUGUAUGCAGCAACUCGUGUAUUUUUAACAGCAUUAAAUAGACCAAAAUAUUACAGUAACUUUAUUCAACACGUUAAAAGGUAGCAGUAAUAUCCUAGAAUAGCCAUCUCUAGUUUUAUCAAAGCUUCCUCCCAUUGUGAGAGAAAAAGAUGGGGAUGUUCUGAUCUGAUUUGAUGUGGAUGAUUUGAUUGGAUAGUGUGUUUGAGCGGACUCUUUAGCGCUCCUAGCGGUGAGUGUUGAGCUCACUCUGCUGUUCACCUGCUGGAGGGAGAGAUCACAUUCAUCCCGCAGCUGCUGUGCAACAGGAUGCAGGGACUACGUGCUGCAAGACGCCCAGCAGGAUUACAGGUUUGAUAAGAGAUGGUGGUGGCUGUGGGCCGGAAGGAUCUCCUGUAACAGUGUGUCUUACAGUGGAUCUGAAGCAACAUAUGACUGAAGACAUUGUUGUUGUAUGACAGUCUCUAAUGUGAUUAUGACUUUGGAGACACUUUUGCUUAAACCUGCUCCAACAGGAUAAAUGAGCAGUUGAGAAUUUGCCAGAAACAACAACAACAACAAACAAAAAAAACAACUAAAACUUUCUAAAAUUUCCUCCACAAAAUCCUCUCUGUCUGCAGUGAUGAAGUGUUUCAUCUGAUCAAGUUAAGACAUGGUGUUGCCUGACAAAAACUCAAAAUCAUCCGCUCCCAGCAAGAUCCCAGACUGGCACAACACAUGGCACCAGAGCCUGCCCUCCCCAGCCCUGUGCUGCGCCUGUGGACUGUGCAUCAUGCUGGCUGGCAUUAACAUCACCCUGGUGGGAGCUUUCGCCUUUGGCACCUUCAGCUUUGCAGCCAACCCUCCCAUCAUCAUUGGGCCCCUGCUUUUACUGUUGGCUCUGGCUUUCUUCGUGGCCUGCUGUGUGGUCAGCAGGAGACCCCCAUCCCACUUGGCUCGAAAGGCCCAAGGAGGGGAGAAGUGGAGGUUGAUGAGGAUGGGGACGGCCACUUUCGAGAUGGAGAUGAGUGAGCACACCCUCCAGGACACGACGGCCGUCCAGCUCAGCCCCACAAAUUCUCCCAGCUCCUCUCACAAGUCCACGUCGAACCAGGGGGACAACACAGGUCUGAUCUGCUGUCGGGAUGAGACCAGGGAGCUGCAGAUCUCAGAGAUGAGUGACAUGAGUGCUGCCGGGGAAAAAACAAGUCUGACCUCUGAAAGCAAGCAGAGCACAUCCACAGAGCUGCUAUCUGAUCAGAUCACUUCCUUCUCCACAUAGCACUGACCGGUCUUUGCUUACAGGUCUCUACAGUAUGGAUGCAUCUGAUGGGCUUUAGGGGACUCACUAGUCUUUUGAAAUACAUGGAAAAACUGAAAAUACACUGUUAAAUUAGUUGCUAUACUGUGUUGGCCCAAAGGUCCAAAACAGAAAAACUAUAAACUUUUCAGAGAUGCAGCGAUUGAGUCCUUCCUGGCUAAUACCAUUUACGAUUUAUUUGAGGUCUGACUGGCUUAUUUCAAAAUUUUUACAUAAUUUUGACCAAUUCUGAAACAUUUUGGCCACGUUCCUUCAUAAAUAUAGUAGUUUUGAAUCUAACAGAAACAUGUAGGGAUUACAGGAUUAUCAUCAUUCAUGCAUCAUAACUUUUCUCAGAUUUUUAUUAAACUCACAAAGUGCAUUUAUGGACUGAAAAAAGUGAGAGUUCUUAAUUUUGAUGCAUUUAAUGAAUAUGUGAUUUCUUUUUAUUUUAUGCUUUGACUUUAUGAUCCCCAAUCUGAGCCAAUCAAAGGAAAACUGACUGAUUUUAGUCUCGAUUGAUGCAUCUAUGAUAUAUAUUUGUUGUUUCUGAUUUUUUUAAAUGCUGCCAUGUGUAUUUCUUAAAGAUAUGUUUUUCUUUUCUUUCUGGUUCUGCCAUUGUGUGUUUUUGGUCAGGGCUAUCAGGAAGCUGACUGAAACAUGUCGUGCAGCUCCUGAGAUUACUCAUUAUGUUACAGGAUAUUGUUACGUGUUUAUUGCUUUGCUCCGGGAUAGACUUUAUCUUUCCUCCAACAGACAGAGAAACUAGUUCUUUGUUCUUUUCCUGUAAAAAAAAAAGUGUAUAUAUACUAUGUACUUUUAAUAUUUCUUAUUUGUGUCCAAUAGGUUGACUGUUGUUUGUGAUGCUGCAUUAUAUGUGAGGAUGGAGGAUAAUGUGUGUCCAGCUGAGUCCCACUGAGAUAAAGGCUGCUCUGUAAGCCUCACUAACACAGUUUCUCAUAAACUUUAUAUAAUAAUUCCAGUUUGAAUCUCUUACUGUUCACAUCAUUUGUUGUAUAAUGUGGUAUAAGCUUCAGCCUGCGUAAAAACUGACAUUUAUUUUCUUUCUGUAUCUGCUUUAUAUGUCAUGUAAAUACAAACAUAAAUAAAAACCGCAUCUUCUGCUUGGAAC